AUGAGCAAAUUUGACCGAGAUCCAAUACUCAUGAGAUUUUACAAAAAUGAUACAUUACAAAGACUUAUUGCGUUAAUGCCGAUAAUUUCAGCGCAAAAACAAGAAAUACUUAAUGUUAGAGCAAAACAGAAUAGCACGACUGUGAAACCGGUUAUAUUUGGUUAUGAUUCAUUUCGGGCAGCGCGAUAUCCUUGCCAAUGUAUAGCCGGAGAAUGUGGAUGUUGUACAGGAUUUUUGUUAGCACAAUUAAAUCAAAAAGGAUGUAUGAAUAUUACAUACGUUCCCGAAGAUUUUACAUUUAAAAUGAAGUUAAGUUUCAAUGAUCGAGUUCUGUAUAAAAAUAGAGUUUCUGGGAAAAAUCCUCCACCAAUGUGUGUUCGAGUACCAAGAAUUCGACAAGUAAAAUUCUGUGCUAGAUUUUCGAAUAUUUAUUUUACUGGCCCAAAUAUGCAUAUAUGUAUGGAUGCUGACAUCAAUUGGGAUAAUUAUCAAUUGUUUCAAAUGAGCUUUGAUUGUUUCCGAUUUGGAACGGAUGGUAUUGGAUAUGUUUCACCUGAAGAUGGCGGUGGAGCAUCAAUUACUGAUAAUGAAGAUAAUUGUUAA